AUGACUACCCUCGACCCAGCCACCGGCCGUCCCUUGGCCGACUCUGCUAUUCAGCGAGGCUUCUCUGCUGGCUCAUGGACCGCUCCUCCGCGCCCGACCGCCCAAAUGAUUUUCACCGCUCGCCUGCGCAUCAUCGAGACAUCGCUAUCAAACCAGAUAAAGACUGAUAUCGUGCUCGAGGAUCCCAAGACUGUCGAGCAGGCCAACGACAGCAGCCGUUUCUUUGCCGUCCGCGUUGUCGGCGAAGGUGGCAUGAAGGCCACUCUGGGUAUGGGCUUCGAAGAGAGACCUGAUGCCUUCGAUUUCAGCAUUACACUAUCCGAAGCUAGAAAGCUACUUGGCAUGGACCAGAAUCCCAAGAAAGAUUUCAGUCUGAAAGUGGGCGAGAGCAUCCACGUCGAGAUUGGAGGCCGUGGUAGAAGGCAGCAGCAAUUGAGUGCGCCAUCCAACGACGAUGGCAGCGCUCUCUUUUCCAUCCGCCCUCCGCCUCCGCCUGCUGCUGGAGACGACUUUGCACUUCCUUCUCUCGCUCCUCCACUGUCAGCUGCUCAUGUCAAGGCCGCGUCAAAGAGCCCUUCGCCCGCAAGGCAGCAGCCGCAAUAUCAGUCCCAGCAGGACCACAACCAGCCUUCAGCCCAAGACCUGGGCUUUGACGAUGGCGAGUUUGGCGAAUUUCAAUGA